CCUUACGUUAGUCAGUAGUUCUCCAGGCAACAGACUGGAACAGCAUUCACGAGGAUGACGUCCACAGAGAGUGGGUACGCCACUGUGUGUGUGGCGGAGGGUGCUUUACGAGGCCGCGUAAGCUCCACAGCGACCGGCUGCAAGUACUACAGCUUCCAGGGCGUGCCGUACGCUCGGCCGCCAGUGGGACAGCUGCGGUUCAAGCCGCCGCAGCCUCCUGAGCCAUGGACAGGCACCAGGGACGCUACCAAGGAGGGCAACGUGGCACCGCAGCUGAACUCUUUCACAGGGCAGUACGUGGGCGACGAGGACUGCCUCUUCCUUAACGUCUACACAACAAAGCUUCCAGAAAAUGUGGAAGGCGAGCGUAUGCCGGUGAUGGUGUGGAUCCACGGAGGCAGCUUCACUUCCGGCUCCGGCAACGCAGACCGUUUUGGGCCGGAUCACCUGCUGCCGCACGGCGUGGUGGUCGUCACCUUCAACUACCGCCUGGGCGUCCUGGGCUUCCUCAGCACGCAGGACUCUGUGCUGCCCGGCAACCUCGGCCUCAAGGACCAGGUGGCGGCGCUGCGCUGGGUGCGCCGCAACAUCGCCGCGUUCGCCGGCGAUCCCGACAACGUCACCAUCUUUGGCGAAAGCGCCGGCGGUGCCUGUUGCCAUUUGCACCUCUUCUCUCCAAUGACAAGAGGGCUGUUUCACCGGGCCAUCCUCCAGAGCGGAGCCUUCACGCCGCUAAGUCUGGUCAUCCCUUCCAGGGAAAGGAGCUUCCGGCUGGCCAGGCAUUUGGAACUGCCGGCUAACAGCUCGCAGCAGCUCCUCGAUUCGUUGAUGAAGGUGCCCGCCAGGACGCUGGUGGAAAACAUUCUCGAGGCUCGCUCACACGAGGAAAAACUGCGGCUGGACAUGAGCCCAUUCCGUCCGGUUCUGGAACCUACCGACGCAGAAGGCGGGGCCUUCAUCAGCGAAGAGUUCGAAGAUGUGUUGGCUAAGGGCCAACACAGCUUGGUACCGGUCAUCAUGGGAGUAAAUUCGAUGGAGGGCUUGUAUCAAAUAGCCGACCUUCGUCGCAGUAAAGAGGCCUUGGAUGCUUUUAACGAGGACUUAGAAAUCGUACUCCCCACUAACGCUAAAAUCAAUCCGCAAGAUCGAACAAACGUGGCAAAGAGCAUGAGAAGUUUUUAUUUUGGUGAUAAGAGGUUGAGCGAAGAGACAAUGCAGCAAUUCGCUGAGAUGAAGGGUGACCUCUGGUUCGUGUACCCUACGCUCAGAGCAGCGAAGAAACUGUCCACAACUCCAGGCGCAAAGCCCGUUUACCUGUACGUGUUCGACGUUGAUGGACGACUGAACGUGUACAAGACGCUGUUGCGCUUGCAGCAGUAUGAAGGUGCUUGUCACGGAGACGAACUGAUGUACUUGUUCAGAUCAUCGAAGCGGCCCAUAGAUGUUGAAGCUGGAUCCGUGGAAGCGAAGACAAUUAACAGAAUGACGCGACUCUGGACAAAUUUUGCUAAAACUGGGUACCCAACACCGACCUCCACAGACGAAGGGCUGGCCGCCACGUGGCCGGCGUUUACCGAGGGCGCUCCCAACUACUUGCACAUCGCCAACUGUGGCCUCACCGUCGAGCAGAGUCCGUUCAAGAGCAGAAUGGAUUUUUUGGAGAGUAUCUACAAAUAAAUUUGCACUCUGUACUUGACCACUACUUACUGGCAACAUUAAUACGAAAUUUCUACUGACAGCUAUAACUGAAAUCAUCCCAAGCUCACGUUGUAUUUGAGGAGUUGCAUACAAUAACAGCGAACGUAGAUUUAUGUUUUCUGAAGAAACAAAAGUGUCAACUCAUUAUCUGAAAAAGCUCAUCAAUAAAUAGUAAAAUAAGGUAAAA